AUGAAGGCUUUGAUAUGCAUUAGUCUACUGGGUACGGCAUACGCAGCAGCGUUGCCUUACUACUCGACGGGACAGGCUUCCCCAGUUGAAUAUAAAGUAAUAAUCCCUGCAGAGAGCAGAUAUUAUGGUGGACGCAGAAGUUGGGGAGAUGGUGGAGGCAGUGGUUGGGGAGAAGGUGGAGGUAAAGGUUGGGGAAGUGGUGAAGGUAUGGGUUGGGGAGAAGGUGGAGGCAAUGGUUGGGGAAAUGGUGGAGGCAGGGGUUGGGGAGAAGGUGGAGGGAAUGGUUGGGGACAUGUUGGAGGUAGGGGUUGGGGAGAAGGUGGAGGCAGGGGUUGGGGAGAAGGUGGAGGGAAUGGUUGGGGACAUGGUGGAGGUAGGGGUUGGGGAGAAGGUGGAGGCAGUGGUUGGGGACAUGGUGGAGGCAGAGGUUGGGGAGAAGGUGGAGGCAGUGGUUGGGGAGACGGUGGAGGCAGACGUUCGGCACAGGGUGGAGGCAAGCAUGAGGAACAAGGUGGAGCCUGGGGUUGGGGAGGAGGUAUAGGCCGGCGUUGGGAAGAAGCUGGAGGCUGGGGACGCAGAACUAUCCACAAUAUA